AUGGCGACCACCGGGGGAGCUCCCAAAUCAGCUCUCUGGUCUCAGACCAAGACGCUUGCAGGCAAAAACUUCACCAUCCUCCUCCGCCGCCACUUCGUCUCGACCAUCUACACAGCCAUACUGCUACCCCUCAUCCUCAGCCUGUACCUGGGCAUCCUGAAAAACGUCGGCGCACCCUCGGACGGAUAUGGGACCGGAAAGCCGACACCUGUUCGGUCCCUGUCUUCGGCUAUUUCUGCCGCCAGCAGUGGACGCAAUACUAUGGUAUUCGUCGACAGUGGCCUCGCUGGCGGUGCCAUUGACCGUGUCAUCGACGCGGUAGCUAAGCCGUUCGAGGCUGCUGGCCUCAAUGCCACCCGACUGUCCUCCCAGGAUGAUGUUGGCUACGUAUGCAGCUCCUCGUCUCAGGGUGACUCCAACUGCUUCGGUGCGGCCAUCUUUCAUUCGUCCCCGGACGAGGGGCCUGGCAACGAGUGGAACUACACGCUGAGAGGUGACCGCACCUUCGGGCGCAGCUUCCAGGUCGACACAGGCAGGAAUGAUGCCGAGAUUUACACGCUCCCCCUUCAGCGUGCUAUCGACAUGGCCAUAGCUGGCACCGGCUCGGACAGUCUUGACGGUACGGAGCAGUGGCCCUUCACCGAUCAGACGGAGAGCGAGCGCCAGGCUGGCGUGACCCGUAGCUACCAGGAAACCUUUACCCAGUACAAUAGCAUCACGCUUCUCGUCAUUUUCUACGGAAUAGCCUACCGCCUCCCCGGGUCCAUGGCCACAGAGAGAGAGGGGGGGUUGUCGCAGCUCAUUGACGCCAUGAUGCACACCACCAACGACUGGGAGGCCCGGCUAGCACGCAUGCUAUCUUUCUUCUACUCAUUCGCUGCUACCUACUUCCCCGGAUGGGUCAUGGCCUCCCUGAUUGUUCACUUUCUCAUCUGGAGCAACACGAGUGUCGUCAUUGUCCUCAUCCAUUACAUAUUGGCCGGUCUGGCCAUGACGUCUUGGGCCAUCAUGGGCGGCACCCUCUUCAAGAAAGCUCAGCUGUCGGGUGCUGUCAAUGCCAUCGCCAUUGUUCUCCUAGCUGUCCUCGCCCAGGCCAUGCCAGACCCGGGCACGGCCGCUGUUGCUCUCCUUAGCCUGUUGUUCGCCCCCUGCAAUAUUGUCUUCUUCUUCAUCUACGUGGCCGAGUACGAAGAGGAUGGCCGUUCGGCCGACCUGCUCCACGCUCCGUCUAGCGGUGACUCAGCCCUCCCCGGCUUUGUCCUUUGGAUCUUCCUCGGCAUACACAUUGUGGCUUACCCCAUCCUCGCGGCCUUUUUGGAGCGCGCCAUCCAUGGAGUUGCCGCCGAGAGCCGCAAAGUGUACAGGGGCGAUCCCUCGUCGCAGGAUGCUCCCACCGACGCAGUCUACGUCGACGGCCUGACGAAGGUGUACCAGCCCGGCCUCGUGAGCCGUCUCUUCCCCUUCGUCACGAAACCUCGUGCGCCGACUGUGGCUGUCGAUAGUCUUACUCUGUCGGUGAAGAGAGGCCAGAUCGUGUCCUUGUUGGGUGCCAAUGGCAGUGGGAAGAGCACAACGCUUGAUGCCAUCGCCGGUAUCAGCCGAUUCAGCCAGGGCAGCAUCUCCAUUGAUGCAUCGGGGGGCAUUGGCAUCACACCUCAGAAGAACGUCCUUUGGGAGGACCUCACGGUACUUGAGCACCUGCGCAUCUUCGACGAGCUCAAAUCACCCCACGCCAAGGCCUCGGCUGAACAGCUCAACCGACUCAUCAGCUCUAUUGGCCUGGCCCAGAAGCGUAAUUCCAGAUCGCAGACUCUGUCUGGCGGACAGAAGCGCAAGCUUCAGCUGGGAAUGAUGCUCACCGGGGACAGCGCCAUGUGUUGUGUCGACGAAGUCUCAUCGGGGAUCGAUCCGCUGUCUCGCCGCAAAAUCUGGGAUAUCCUGCUUUCGGAACGAGGUCGCCGUACUAUCGUCCUCACAACCCACUUCCUCGACGAAGCUGAACUCUUAUCCGACGAUAUAGCCAUCCUGUCCAGAGGUUCACUACGCGUCCAGGGGCCUCCUGUGACCCUUAAGAACACUCUAGGCUCUGGCUACCGUAUCCACGUCCUCAACACAAAGACGGCCCAGGACACGCCUGCAGUUGAUGGGGUAGAGCGUACAGUCACCUUGGCCAACGUCACGUACAGAGCACCAUCGUCAAGUUUGGCUGCCAAUGUCAUCCGCGCCCUUGAGGCUGCCAGCAUCGAGUACCGUCUGUCCGGCCCGACCAUCGAAGACGUCUUCCUCCACGUCGCAGAGGAAGUCCGUGACGGAGAACGAGCGCCUGCCUUGACAACCACACCUUCGGAUAGGAGAGGCCAGAUUCUACCUGAGAAGCUGGUUGAAGACGAGAAACCAUCGGAUGGAGUCGAGCUGAUGACAGGCCGGCAGACAGGUUUCCUCACUCAGGUACGGGUGCUUCUGCGCAAGCGCUUCACACUGCUCAAGACCGACUGGAUUCCUUACGCUGCCGCCCUGCUCAUCCCCAUCAUCGCCGCCGCUGGCACACAGGUUCUUGUCAGCGACAGGCAGCCUGUUGGAUGUGCCCCCAUGGACCGGGGUAGCGCCCCGGAUUCGAGUGAAUACCUCGGCCUCUUGAAGGAUGCCGUCGUCGCCGCUGGCCCUUCCGAUAUCGUUCAGCCCUACCUCGCGGUUAUCCGGAACAGCGUCGUCGGGAUCGACGUGGAACUCCAGGACUCGUUCACAGCCCUCGAGAGAUAUAUCGGAGACAAUAGUAAACGCAUUAAGCCUGGUGCCAUCUGGCUCGGUGCUGAUGGUAAUACGCUGCCAACAUUUGCCUACCGCGCCGAUAAUUCUCAGUCUGUAUACGCAAGCAUCAUGAUGCAGAACAUACUCGACAUCUUACGGACCAACACAUCCAUCACAACGCUGUACGUCCCCCUUGACGGAACUACGCCUGCCGGUGCCGCGGAUGCUACCAUGCUCAUGGCCUUCUUCUGCAUCGCUGUGGCUAUCGCGCCGGCCUUCUUUGGUUUCUACCCCAAUGUCGAGCGCCGCAACGGCGUGCGCGGAUUGCAGUACUCGAGCGGGGUGAGAUCGCUGCCUCUGUGGGCAUCGCACCUGCUCGUCGAUCUCGCCAUCUUUGUUGUCGCCUUUGUUGUCGCCGCAGCCGUCUACAGCAGCUCGUCCGACAUUUGGUACAAUGCGGGAUACCUGUUCCCUGUAUACAUCUUGUAUGCCCUGACAACGAUCUUGCUCGCCUACGUCUGGUCUCUUUUCAUGGGCAGCCAGCUGGCGACGUUUGCCGGGAUAGUCGUCUACAACGUUGUCGGGUUUGCCGUGUACCUCAUUGCCUUCCUCUUUAUCACGUCCUUCUCGCCCACUGAAGAUGUUGACCGCAACAUCCUGAUCAGCCACUAUGCCGUCUCUAUAUUCUUCCCCGCCGGCUCUCUGUGCCGCUCUCUCUUAGUCGGUCUCAACAUAUUCUCCACAGCGUGUGUUGGCUACCGACUCCGCAGUUAUCCCGGAGACAUGAAUGCCUACGGCGGACCAAUUCUUUACCUGUCUGUGCAGUCGAUCUUGCUCUUCACGGUCUUGUUGUACCAUGACUCAGGCAAUAAACUACCUAGCUCUUACGCGGGGAACAGGGAACCCGAUAAAAAGGCUCCUUCGCCCCCGAGAGCUGUUAUCGAUGAGGACGCUGAGAUUGCCAAGGAAGAGCUGCGGGUUCACAGCUCCGACGGCGGCGACGGCAUGCAGGCCAAGAACCUGAUCAAGGUUUUCGGAAGCAACACUGCUGUGGACAAUGUCACAUUUGGCGUGAAGCACGGCGAGGUGUUUGCGCUGCUCGGUCCCAAUGGAGCGGGAAAGUCGACGAUCAUGUCUCUGAUCCAAGGCGAUAUACCACUGAGCCGCAAUGGCGGGGACGUCUUCAUCGAGAAAGUGUCGGUAACGGAUCACCGCGCGCUGGCCCGCACCAACCUGGGGGUCUGCCCUCAAAAUGACGCCGUCGAUAACAUGACUGUCCUCGAGCACCUGCGCCACUAUACGCGCCUUCGAGGUAUCGACGAUGUCGAGGGCCAGGUGGGGGCCGUGAUGCGAGCCGUCGGUCUCGAGGCCUUUGCUGAUACCAUGGCGCCGCAUCUUUCCGGUGGCAAUAAGCGAAAGCUGUCGCUCGCAAUGGCUCUCACGGGGAAUCCAUCAGUCAUACUGCUCGACGAGCCAUCGUCGGGUCUGGAUGCCGCCGCCAAACGCAUCAUGUGGCGCACGCUCGAGCGGAUUAAGCCGGGGCGGUCCAUCCUGCUCACGACGCAUAGUAUGGAGGAGGCCGAUGCGCUGGCCAGCCGCGCUGGGAUUCUCGCUCAGCGCAUGCUAGCUAUCGGCAAUGUCGACAGUCUUCGCAGCCGCUUCGGCGAUUCGGUUCACGUCCAUCUCGUCAGCCGCACCGCGCCCUACUCGACAGCCGAGGAGAUGGAGCGCACGCGUGCCUGGGUCGUGUACCUGUUCCCCGGAGCUGUCGUCGAACCGGAAACGUACCAUGGGCAGAUGCGCUUCAGAGUACCGGCAGGGUCGGUGCUCGAGAGCGCCGCCACCAGAGCCGAGGCACAUGCGGAGGAGAACAGCAGCAGCAGCAGCAGCAGCGCGAUUGGUCAAGUCAUCGUCACCCUCGAGGAGAAUGCGCACCUCUUAGGGAUUGAGCACCACAGCGUCAGCGCCACCACGCUCAGCGAUGUUUUCCUGUCCAUCGUGUCAAGACACAAUGUCCUGGAGGAAGGGUACCCGGCUGAUGGCGGCGGUAGCGGUGACGCGUCGCGGUGGGUCAAGCUGCGCAAGGUGUUGCUGAUGGUUUAG